AUGCAAACCUUAGCCAGUAUUUUUGAAAAUGAAGAGAACAUUUUCCUCAAAAUGCCACAUUUCUUCAAACCUCUGCAAGCGGUAAGAGCCUGACUACUGUAGUUUGUAAGCUUGAUUACUGUAAUUUCAGCUAAACUCAAUAAUACUCGCGGUUUGCGUUGGUUCUACAGCGUCAAGUGACAACGGAAUUCUAUGGUUCACUUUAGUUGCAUCACUUAUUGUAAGACGUUUCGCCAGAAAACAAGAAUUAUCGUUUCUAGAUUUCCGCAGCUGCUACGGUCAUAUUUGCAUUGAAAAUAGAAGAUGAACUGAUGGAGAGUAUCACAAACGGAAGUGUCGCCUGGAACCUUGUAGAACUAAUUUACUCAUUUAUUCUAGCCGUUCUUUCUGUCAUCUGUGUCUGGUUGUCGUUUUCCUUCGCAAACCGAUCUCUUUUCGGCACUUCCGCCGGUUACAUUGCUUCAGGAGUAAGUUACGCGAAGUUCCAAAUGGGAGUCGAUUAGCCGUCUAUCAUUUAGCUUUUCUUCAUAAUCCACACACUGAUAUAUGCUAUCCCCUGCACUGUGAUCUACCGAGAAGUUCAAGCCAAUGCUGAUGCAGACCGGCAAAAUAUCGUCAUCGAACCAGCUCAUCCUUUCCGCACCAACGCAUACCAAGACUUGUAA